UCCAUUCCAGCAUCCAAAACGAUCGAGAGGUUACCUGCAUAACACAGGAGUGUCCUCCACACGUGUUUUUUUUGCUUAGCUGUUUUACUUUCCGUUUCAGGAAAGUGGCACCAGGGCGUGAGCUGUGCCUCCCGGGGUGAUCACUGCCACCACCCGCUGCACCACGGGUUCGACUACUUCUACGGCAUGCCCUUCACGCUCAUAGACGACUGUGACCCCGACGGCCCGCCCCACCUGGACGCCGCCCUGCGGGCCAAGCUGGGGCGCUACACCCAGGUCAUGGCCUUGGGGGUGCUGACCCUGGCCGCCGCCAACACCUGCAGGCUCAUCUCCGUCCCCCGCAAAGCGGUGGCGGGAGCCGCCGGGCUCGUGCUGCUGUUCUUCCUGUCGUGGUACGCCAGCUUCGGCUUUGUGCGGCGCUGGAAUUGCAUCCUGAUGAGGAACCACGACGUGACCGAGCAGCCCAUGGUUCUAGAAAGGGCGGCGGGUCUCCUGCUAAAGGAAGCUGUCUCCUACAUCCAAAGACAUAAGCAUGAGCCGUUCCUCCUGUUCGUGUCCUUGCUGCAUGUCCACGUUCCCCUCGUCACCACGAAAGCCUUCCGUGGGAAAAGCCGGCACGGCUUGUACGGCGACAACGUGGAGGAGAUGGACUGGCUCGUGGGUGAGAUUCUUAACGCCAUCGAGGAAAACGGUUUGAAGAACACGACCUUCACGUAUUUUACGUCCGACCACGGAGGGCAUUUGGAGGCGAGAGAUGAAGGUGGCAGGCAGCUGGGGGGAUGGAACGGAGUAUACAGAGGUGGCAAAGGCAUGGGGGGCUGGGAAGGCGGGAUCCGCGUGCCGGGGAUUGUCCGCUGGCCCGGGGCGCUGCCGGCCGGACGGGUCGUCGCCGAGCCCACCAGUCUGAUGGACGUGUUCCCCACCGUGGUGCAGCUGGGGGGCGGCCAGGUGCCCCAGGACAGGGUGAUCGACGGCCGCAGCCUGGUCCCCUUGCUGCAAGGAGCGGACGUGCACUCGGCACACGAGUUCCUGUUUCAUUACUGCGGGAAGUACCUCCACGCUGCACGCUGGCACCAGAGGGCGAGCAGAAGGGUCUGGAAGGUGCACUACACGACGCCUCGGUUCCAGCCCGCGGGGGCGGGGGCCUGCUAUGGCCGAGGCAUCUGCCCCUGCUCCGGGGAGGGCGUGACCCAGCACAGCCCCCCUCUGCUCUUCGACCUCUCCGCGGACCCUUCGGAGGCCCGGCCCCUGCGCCCCGACUCGGAGCCCCUGUACCACGCCGUGCUGGCAAGGGUGGGCGAGGCCGUGGCCCGGCACGGGGAGACCCUGAGCCCUGUGCCCGAGCAGUUUUCCGUGAGCAGCAUCAUGUGGAAGCCGUGGCUGCAGCCCUGCUGUGGACUCUUCCCGUUCUGCUCCUGCCAGGAGGACCAGGACGGCGCCCCCCUCGGCCCGGAGCCGUGAGACUGGACGAGAGAACCCGACCGGAUCGUAGGGGGGACCUCUCCCAGCUCGGUCAAUUCCUGCACUUUCUUCACGUAACAGAGGAAAGUUAGAGCGUCUCGGUCUCUACUGCCGAGAACUCACUGAUCUCAAAGGGUUGAUUCACAACCCUGUGCCAGGGUUGAGGACUUGGACAUUACGCCAGCCCUCAUCAUGCUAGUUAGAAAUCGCCGUGGGCGCUGCUGCGUGCGAACAGAGGCUGAGAAUAAGAUCGCCUGAAAUGAGAGAAGGGUGUGUUCUCUCUCAAGUAAAAGGAAACCCAGACGAAGCAACCCAGCGCCAGCAGGCUCCUGCCACCUCCUUGCUCCAUUGUCUUUCACACACAGAGACUCUGCCUCUUGGUGUCGACGUGGCUGCUGCAGCACCGGGCAUCACAUUCCAGAUGUCAGGAAGAAGCAAGAACAAAAGGGAAUCCCUCUUCCCUGCACCAGCCCCUGCAGGGUGGGGAUUAUCUGGAAGCACCAACUCACUCACGACUUCCACUUCCAACAGCCAUGUGUAGAAAUGACUGGAAAUUGGGAAACGCAGUCUCCCCAGGGGGCGACCGCCCGCCCCAGUUGAAAUCAGGUCUACACUAGUCCGCAGGAAGGCAAGAGAAGGCAAAAAUGAAAAUAAAGGGCAUCUAAAGAAGAGAGUGCUCAGUACCAGGUGCCUCUAUUGAGUCGACUAAGGUUUUUGAUGCAUCAUUUUAU